AUGGGUUCCGAUCAAAAAAGAUCUCUAAAUUUAAACUUGGUUUUGGAAACUCCCAGCAUUGAUAGGGAAGGGUACGAAGAAAAGCUCAGAGAUUAUGUUGAAAACAUGUUUGAAGAUCUAAAACGAUCCACAAAGAAACCGGCUGAUGCUUUAAAAAUUUUUCAAACUGAUAUAAUGACAUUUUCGGACCUUGAUCUUAAUGACAAUACUUUUUGGAGGAAUAAAUCGUCAAAUAUUAAACUUGGAGAGUGGUUAAUUCAACUUUCUUGCUUGAUCCCAAUCCAAAUCGCUAUCUCCCGAAAUAAUAUAUUUAAGCCGCUUCUAAAUGGAUUGGCAUCAGAUGAUAACAUGAUGGAUGACAUUGGGAGUGAUGGUGGAUUUCACAUCGAUAUUAUUGCGCAAAACAUUUCAUUUGGAUGGUAUGAAGGAAUCUUCAAGCAUUUUGGUGACCGCCAGGUUAAAGUGAUCUCCAACCUUAAAAAAAUGUUGGAUAAGCAAGAACCGAAAUAUGAUGAUGCAAAAUCCUUUUUACUAAGCACUAAGAUGAUUAUGGCAAAAAUUAUGACCUGCGAUUGGAGUUCGUUAAAUGAAAACUUUGUUCACACUCGCAUGUCGAUAUUAAAGAGUCUACUCCAAACGGCCAUAUAUAUCGGUGCGGAAGAAAAAGGUCCGGCGAUUGUGAGUUUGAUGAAUCACGAUAGGAGAACUAAAAUUGACGACCCUGAGGUCAUGUUAUCCGAAAUAUUUAAAGAUUUAGCUAAUUCGAAGCCAAAAUUGAACCGAACCCUCAUCGAGCAAAAGAUUAUAUUUCACAUCGCAUCUUCUGGGAACGUACAGGGUUCAAAGGUGUUCAAGAGCAACAAGAAUUCGCAAAAUGUGAUCAUGAAUGUCCUGAUGAGAUACAUCGAACAGGCGGAAACAAUAUUAAAUCAUAUUGCGAAUUGCCUCUUUUUCACCCAGAUCAGAAUCCAUCAUUGCAACCAACAAAUGGUGUUGGCUAUAUCUCACCACUUUUACUGUGAAAACCCUAGUAAAAGAGAGGAAACCAUAUUUCAUAUCAUAUUCAUGUUGGAUACAUCUGGUUCCAUGUCAUUAAACGAUAAAAAGCCUUUGCCAGACGCACCAUGUUAUGAUAAGUUAAAACAAGACCAUAAUAAUAGAAUCGGGGCGAUAUACAAUGCGGUUUAUGCAUUCAUGCAAGCGUGGUCGUGUAGGCAACUUCAUGGACAAACCAUGAAUAAAGACGCCGUGUCACUAAUACUAUUUAACGAUCAAGUCACAGUUCCUUUUGAGAAUCAAGCUUUUGAUGAUUCCGAAGCAUUGUUAGACCAAAUGAUUAAACACAAGGCUCGAGGUGGAAGAGAUUUUGGUCUCGCCAUACAAAAAGCUGGAUUUCUAAUUAAUCAAUAUUACGAGGCAAACAAGUACGAAGUGAUACUGGUUGCGUGGUAG